AUGUCAGCGCCCGCGUCAACUGGUGUCCUUGAUCCUUGUGUUCUACGGGUUUCAGUUCGAAAAGAAUUGAAAGGAGGUAGAAGCUACAGGAAGCUCGGCUUCUGUGAUCUCAAUUUGGCAGAGUUUGCCGCUGCCGGCGUCGCCACCGCAAGGAGGUGUCUGCUGGAAGGAUAUGACCAAAGGCAUAGGCAAGAUAAUAGCAUGUUAAGAGUCGCCAUCAAGAUGUCGAUGCUCAGUGGCGAUAUUUUAUUCAAAGUGCCAACGCCUUCAUUAAAGCACAGCAGGCCGCCUUCACAAGACGACAUAAGUGUUUCCAGUGAAUUAGAAUCCAGGGCGCGCGACGAUUGUAGCAACGCUUCCGGAUCAUCCGGAUUCGGGUCUUUGCCAAAGAAAAGGCCGGCGCUACUCGGAUCAGGGUGUGCCAGAACUCAACGUCAAUUCGAAAUGGAGUGA